AAUAUUUCCAUGCCUACCAAACCUGCCCUCUGAGAGAAGUUUCCCGAUUUUAGAGUGAAGGUGGCGUUCGGGUUUUAAGGGAGGGAGAUUUCUAAUUGAGAGAGAGAGAGAGAGAGGGUCGUUUUCUGGUUUUCCAUAGCGCGAUGGUGUCCGAUCUGAUAGAGAGAGAGGUGUUUUGGCCCUUAGAGAGAGAGAGAGGUCUUUGUAAAGUUGAGAGAGAAAGAGAGGUCUUUGUAAAAUUGAGAGAGAAAGAGAGAGGUCUUUGUAAAAUUCUUCAGAGCUCGAGUGGGUCUUGUUUGUUAUAGCAUUGAGAGAGAGAGAGAGAGAGAGAGAGAGAGAGAGAGAGAGAGAGAGAGAGAGAGAGAGAGAGAUGGAAAGUAGUGUGAGAAACAUCCUGGAGCAGGAGGAGCUGAAGUGGGUUUUUGUUGGGGGCAAAGGGGGAGUUGGGAAAACGACAUGCAGUUCAGUUCUCUCUAUUCUUCUCUCUAGGGUUCGAUCCUCUGUUCUCAUCAUCUCCACUGACCCUGCUCAUAACCUCAGCGACGCCUUUCAACAAAGAUUUACAAAGUCACCCACUCUUGUCCAUGGCUUCUCCAAUCUCUAUGCAAUGGAAGUGGAUCCCAAUGUGGAGAAAGAUGAGUUGCCCAAUGUAGAAGGAAUGGACAGCUUUAUUUCUGAGUUAACAAAUGCGAUUCCCGGCAUUGAUGAGGCUAUGAGCUUUGCUGAGAUGCUUAAAUUAGUACAAACAAUGGAUUAUUCAGUUAUAGUGUUUGAUACUGCGCCUACGGGGCAUACACUGCGUUUGUUGCAAUUUCCAUCUACCUUGGAGAAAGGACUUGCGAAGAUGAUGAGCUUGAAAAACAAAUUUGGAGGCCUCAUAAACCAGGUAACUAGGAUGUUUGGUGUUGAUGAAGAAUUCGGUGAGGAUGCAAUCUUGGGAAAGCUUGAAGGCAUGAAAGAUGUGAUUGAACAAGUCAACAGACAGUUCCGUAAUCCAGACUUGACGACCUUUGUUUGUGUUUGCAUUCCGGAGUUUCUCUCACUAUAUGAGACAGAGAGGUUGGUGCAAGAGCUUGCGAAAUUUGAGAUUGACACCCACAAUAUCAUCAUUAAUCAAGUCCUCUUUGAUGAAGAAGAUGUUGAAUCCAAGCUGUUGAAAGCGCGAAUGAAGAUGCAAAAGAAAUAUCUGGAUCAAUUCUAUAUGUUAUAUGAGGACUUCAACAUCACUUUGCUACCCCUGCUUCCUGAGGAGGUUUGUGGGGUUGAAGCACUAAAGAAAUUUUCUGCACACGUCUUAACACCAUAUCAGCCGUCCACCACCCCCAAGGGGACUGUGGAAGAGCUGGUGAAAAGAAUAUCUACCCUCAGGUUGCAACUCAAAGAGGCUGAAACUGAGCUUGAAAGACUAAGGAAAGGCAAAGAUAAGAUCUGAGUCCAGUUUCUUCUUGCAUCAUUUUCUUGCAAUUCUUUCAAUUUUGAGUUCCACUUUUUUGUUCCCUUGUAACAUGACAUAAUGGCCCAUGCUGCAUUGCUGCCUAUUUAUCAACCGAGUUUUCCAAUCUCCUCUUUCUCUGCAAAAUACUAGAUUGUUUAUCACAUUGCUUUCUUACAAAUGUUGAGUUUGAAUGAUACACUCCCAACCACCUAAUUUUAUAAAUAAACUGUCUUAUUA